ACAUUUUUUACAGCCAGAAAAAUAAGCUGUUAAGAAAGGUUAAGACCUCAUUUCUACCUCAAGUUGUGGUCAACCAGCGAGGUAUGUUUUCUAUACUGUGUUUGUGCAGUUUUAUGUUUGUUUGCCUUGCCUUAUUGCUUCUUUAUGUUGCUUUUAGUUCGACGGUGGUUCAACAUGGUUUCAAUGUAGCAGAUGGUGGUCAAAGGUGCCUCAAGUGUCCCAUUGUGGCAUCUGCAACUCCGUGGUGUCAUUAAAAGAAUGAAUCCAUCAGUGAAAGAAGUCUUUAUUGACUUUUAAGACUUUAAGAAGAGGUAGAAGUGAUAUAGAUCAUACAUUUAACUUCAUAUCAACGUCUGUCACGCACAUGCGCGUGCGUGCGUCAUCUUAACGCCAUGGAAACAACGAUGACGCGCAGCCGAACUCCUAUAAAAGACCUGCUGCUCUUUCGACUGUCAUUCUGCACUUGGAUUUGGAGCUGAGCUGUUAGAGAAACUGGGAGCUGGACUCUGGAGAUUUGAAACGCUGGAAAGCAUCUGAAGAAUGGACCUUGUUGAAGAACAAACUCGGUGGAUUACUGACAGAAGAAGAAGAAAACCGACCCGCUGGACAAACGGAUCAGACAGAAGAGCAGCUGCUGUUUGGAGGCCUGACAGACCUGGAGAGUCAGCACACAGGUCUCCUGAUGUGAUUGUGGACCUUCCCACCUCUGAGACGACAGAAAAGUGGCCUUUGAAUGCUGUUCUGUACACGUUUUAUAAAAUGCACUAUUUUUUUUGUUCUUAUUCUUUGCCUUGUCUUCUCUUUUAUUGUCCUUUUUUCAUCAUGUUUUCUGCCUUCUUCCUCUCCUACUACUCUUCUUCUUGUCUGUUUUCUAAUCCUUCUUCUUCCUCCCUCUCCUCCUUUUUCUCCCCCUCUCGUCAUCUCAUCCCUUUCCUUCCAUUGUUUUGUCCUCCUCUUUCCCCCUUCCUUCUGCUUCUACUGCCUCCAGUUUUUUUCUCCAUUUUCUUCUCCUCUUCUGUCUUUUUUCCCCUUCCUUUGCCCCCAUUCUGCUUUUUCCUUCAUGUUCUCUUCCUUUCUCUUAACUACUUUUUCUUCUUCACCUUCUUCUCUCCCUCGUUCCACUCAUUAUUCUUUCGAUUCCUUCUUUACCUCCAUCUUCUUUUCCUUCUCCUUCUGUCAUCUUCAUCAUCUCUUCAUCCCUCUACUUCUUGUUUUCCUUUAUCCUUUUCUCCACCUCCUUCACUUCCUCCUUCUUUUCUCCUUUCUUUUCCUUUUUCUCCUCUUCCUAUUCUGUCAUCUUCUUAGCCUUUUCUCUUCUUCUGUCUUCUUGUCCUUCUUUCUCCUCCCGUCAUUUUCCUCUUCUUCUUUCAUCUCCUCUUCCCCCCACCCUUGUUCUCCUUCUCCCUUCUCUAUUACUCCUCCUUCCAUCUUUCUCUUCUUUCUCCUCUUCCUUCAGUCUUUGUCUCCUUCUUUCUCCUCCACUGUUUUUGUUUUUGUAUUUGUUUUGUCAUUCUUUUCAUUUUUCUCAUUCUUUUAUUCUCCUCCUCGCUUCAUUGUCUCCUUACACAACUUCCUUUACUCCUUGUUCUUGCAUUUUCUUUCUGUCCAUCUUCAGUCUCCUUCAUUCUUUUGUUCUUCUUCUCCUUCUUUUUGUCACUCUUGUCUUCUCGUCCUUCUUUUUCCUCUAUUUUCUUCACAUUUUACUUCCUGUUCUACUUAUUCUUUUUCAUUUCUUCCUCUAUUACUCCUUGUUCCCCCUCUUUCUACUCUUCCUCACUCUAUUGUUUUGUCUCCUCCUUCUCUUGUCUUCCUUCUGUCUUGUCAUUUUCUUAUCCCAUCUUCCUAUUUUGUUACUCCUUCCUCCUCUCCUUUUUUCUUCUUCUCUUCCCCUUUCUUCUUGAGUUGUCCUCCUCCUUUCUCUCCUAGUACUGCUUCUUUUCCAACUCUUCCCCUCUUUCCUUGUUGUUCUUUCUCCUUCUCUUCCCCAUGCUUUCCUUUUGUCUUUUGUUUUUUCUCCUUCUUUUGGCUUCUUCUUUAUUCUCCUUCUGUUUUUCAUUUUUUCUCCUCUUACUCCUCUGUCUUCUAUUUAUUUCUCCUUCUGUCAUCUUUUCCUGCUUCUGGCUUCUCAUUUUUCCUCCCUGUGUUCCCUCAUUCUUUUCUUCUUCUUUUGCUUCCUCCCUUUUCUGUCUUCUUUCUCUUUCUUUGUCUUGUUCUUCUUCAUGUCCUUCUUUCUACCUCCUCUGUCUUUUUUAUCCUUUCUCCUCCUCCUUUCUCUUCUUCUCCUUCUUUCUCAUUUUCCUUCUUUGUCUACUCUGCUCUUCCUCAUUCCUCUCUCCUUCUUCUGUCUACUUUUAAUUAUUCUUGUCUUCCUUGAGUUUUCUUUCUCCUUCUUUUUUUCUGUUUCUAUUUCUGUUUUUCUUAGUCCUCUCGUCUUUGUCCUUCUACAUUUUAUUUCCUCUGGCCCUUUCUCUCUCCCUCCUGCUUAUCCAUCUCUUCCUCACUUUACUCCUUCUGAUUCUUCCUCCUCAUUCUCUUCUCCUUUUCUACCUUCUUUUUUCUGCUCCCCAUUCUGUCUUCUCCUUCUUCCUCCUUUUCUCCUCCUGUCCUCUCAUUCUUUCUUCUCCUUUUCAUUCUUGUUAAUGAUCUUCCUGUCUUCUUCUCCUCCCUUGUUUUUCUCCUUCCUGCUCUCUGUUCCCCCUUUUUCUUUGUUCUCCUUCUUUCUCUCCCACUAUGUUUUCAUCUCUUCAUCCCUUUUACUCGUUGCUUUUCCUUAUUCUUCUCUUCUUCGUCUUGUUUUAGAUAUCUUGUGCUUCCUCCUUCCCAAUCUACUCUCCCUCAUUCUUAUCUCCCCUUCUCUUCAUCUCCUCAUUCUUUUCUUCUCCUUCUGCCGUUGUCUCAUUCAUUCUUCUCUGCUCUUCCUCAUUCUUCUCUUCUCCUUUUCCUUCUGUCUACGUCUUAUUCGUCUCUUCCUCGUUCUUUUCUUCUUCUACUCCUUAUUUUUCUCCUUCCUCUUCUCUUGUCCUUUUUCCUUCUCAUUCACCGCUUUUUCCUUCAUGUUCUCCUCCCCCUCCUAAUGCAUCUACUACUUUUCCAUCUCCUCCUCUUCUCUUCUUCUCCUUUGUCCUUCUUCUGUCUUCUUCCUCCUCCUUUUCUGUCUUCCUUUUCCUCCUUUUCAUUGUUUUAUUGUCCUGUCUUCUACUCCUCCUCUUUUCUUCCUCUUCUCUGUUCUCCUUUCUUCUCCUCUUCCUCCUUCUUCUACUCCUGUUUUCUACUUUCCUCUUCUACUCAUUCUUCUUCAUCUCUUCCUCCCUUUACUCAUUGUUCCUCUCCUUCCUUCUUCUCCUUCUCUCCCUCAUUCUUUUAGUCUUGUCUUCUUCUACUCCUUUCAUUCUUUUCUUCUGUCUUGUCAUUCUUAUUCCAUCCUUCUAUUUUUUCUCCCUCCUUCUCUUCUUCUGUUUUCUUCUUUUCUAUCCCUUUUUUCUUCAUCCUCUACUCCUGCUAGUUUUCAAACUCUUAAUCCCUUUACUCCUUGUUCAUCCUCCCUCUCCUUCACUUUCUGUCCUCUCCGUUCUUCUGCUCCUCCUUCUGACUUCUACUUUUCUUCUGUCUUCUCCUUCUGCCUACUAGUUUUUUCCUCUUUCUGCUCCUUGUUCUGUUCUCUCCCUCAUUCUUUUAUUCUUCUUCUGCUUCUUCUUUCUUCUCCCUUUCAUUCUUUCUCAUAGUUCUCCUCUAUUCUACUACUCUUACAUUUUUCUCCUUCCUUCUCUGUUCUCCUGUUUUCUUCUCUCCCCCUUUAUGUUCUACUCUGUUCUCUCCUACUACAUUUCCAUCUCUUUUCCCUCUGCUCCUUGUAUUUCUUCCUCAUUCUUUUCAUCUCCUCCUUCUUUUCUUCAUGUUUUCUUUUCCUCUUCCUUCUAUCUUCCUCUUCUACUCCAUCUUCCAGUUUUUCUUUCCUCUUUCUGUCUUGUACUUUCUCCUCCUCCUUUGUAUUUAUCUCCUUUGUCCUCCUUCUCUGUGGCCUUUUUCCUCGUCUUUUUCAUCUCUUGCUUCUCUUCCUCCUUCUUCUUAUUCUUCUCAUCUCCCCUUCUCUUCUUCUCCUCAUUCCUUCUCCUCCUUGUCUUUUGCCUUCAUUCUCCUCUUCUUGCUUUCUCCUCUGCUUUUCCUUAUUCUUUUCUUCUUUUUCUGUCUUGUCAUUUUUAUCAUCCUCCUUCUGUCUUCUUCUAUUCUUCCCCUCCUAUUUUUUUUUCCUUUUCUUUUCCUUCUCCCUCCUUUUGCCUUCAUGUCCAUCUCUUCUUCGUUCUACUCAUUCUUCUUCCUUUUCUAUUCCUAUUCUGUCUUUUUCUUUUCCUUCUUUUUCUCGUGUUUUUUUCUAUCUUUGUCUCAUUGCACUGCUCCCUCUUCUCAUCUCUUUUUCCCUUUUCUCCUUCCAUCUUAAUUUUCUCCUCUUCCUUGUCCAUUUUUGUUCUCCUUCCUCUUCUAUAACUCAUUUUUCUUCAUCUGUUCCUCCCUUGACUCCUUGCUUCUCUUCAUCUUCUUCUCCUGCUCUCCCUCAUUCUCUCCUUAUGCUUUUCAUCUUGCCUUUCUCUUCUCCUAAUCCUUGUAUUCAUUCUUUCCUUCUCCUCCUUUUCUUUUUUUCUCUUACUCAGUCUCACCUUCUGGUUUUCUACCUCAUUCCUUUCUAUACCCUCCUCCUUUCUCCUACCUUGUCAUCUUCUCUUCUUAAUCGUCUUUGUCUCCUUACAGUACUCCCUUUUCUCAUCCCUUCUUCCCUUUACGCCGUUUUCUUCCGUAUUGUUUUUCAUUCUUUUCUUUUCCUCCCUGUCAUUCUUGUCUUCUCCUCUUGCUUAUUGCUUUUCUUCUCUUCCAUCUUUUUCUACUUCUCCUUUUUUCUUUGUUUCCCCCCUUCCUCUUCUACUACUCAUUCUUCAUCAUCUAUCCUUCUCCUUUGUCCUCCUCCUUUAUGUCUACUUCUCUCUCCUUCGUUGUCUUGUCCUUUCUCCAUAUCCUUCCUUCUACCCUUUCUGUCUCCUUUCUCCUCCUCCUUCUCUGUUGCCUUCUUCCUCUUCUUUUCAUCCCUUCCUCCCUGUGCUCCUUGCUCAUCUUGCUUCUCUUUCUGCUCUUCCUCUUCCUUCUCCUUUCCUUCAGUCUUGCCAUUCUUUUCUCAUCCUUUUUCUACUUGUCCCCUCCUAUUUUCCUCCUUCCUCUCCUCUUUUUCUUCUUUAUUUCUCCUCUGCACCUUUUUUCUUUUCCUCUCCUACUAUUUCUAUUAUUUUUCCAUCUCUUCCUCCUUUUACUCCUUGUUCAUCUUCUUCCUACUCCUCCUCCUCUUCUCCUUUUCCUCUUCCUCAUUCUUGUCUUGUCCUUUUCUACCUCAUUCUUUUCUCCUCUUCCUUUUUCAUGUCCUUCUCCUACUUUGUCCUCCUCUUUUUGCUGUUUCCUUCUCUUUCUCCUUUUGUUUGUGUCUCCUUUCUUCUCCUUCUGUUGUCUUCUUCAUCUCUGCAUCUCUCUACUCCUUGCUCUUCUUCCUCCUUCCUCCUUUUUCUAAUUGUCUUUCUUGUAAGAAAAAGGAAAAGAUUCUUCUCCGGUCUUCUCCUUCAUUCUCCUUUGUCACCUCCUUCCUCUUUCCUUCUCCUCCUCCUCAUCUGAUUGCUUCUCCUUUAUUGUC